AUGCACUACCCAUCCUUUGGCCACUUCCUCUUGGCGAGCAUCCUUGCCGUCCAAGGUGUUCAGUCGUUGAACCUCAUCCCCACGGGUCAGGUCGCCAGACGCUAUGUAGCUCCCGCCUUGGCACUCGCCAUGCCUGCCCUGGCUGCGCCCCAGGCUGCCAGCAUCGAGGCUCGUGAGCCUCACCACCGCGGCAAGAAGACCAAGAAGGCCAAGGCCGCUAAGCGCGACGAGUCUGCUGUCGAUGAAGCCUUUGAGGCUCACGACAUCGAGGCCCGCGAGCCCCACCACCGCGGCAAGAAGACCAAGAAGGCCAAGGCUGCGAAGCGUGAGGAGUCUGCUGUCGAUGAAGCCUUUGAGGCUCACGACAUCGAGGCCCGCGAGCCCCACCACCGUGGUAAGAAGACCAAGAAGGCUAAGGCCGCCAAGCGCGAGGAGUCUGCCGUCGACGAGGCUCUCGAGGCUCGUGAUAUUGAGGCUCGUGAGCCCCACCACCGCGGCAAGAAGACCAAGAAGGCCAAGGCCGCCAAGCGUGAGGAGUCUGCUGUCGACGAGGCCCUCGAGGCCCGCGAUGUCGAAUCCCGCGAGCCUCACCACCGCGGCAAGAAGACCAAGAAGGCCAAGGCUGCUAAGCGCGACGAGUCUGCCUCCGACGAAGCCAUCGAGUCUGCCGAGCACGAGAUUGAGGCUCGCGAGCCCCACCACCGUGGAAAGAAGACCAAGAAGGCGAAGGCCGCCAAGCGUGACGAAUUUGUCUCUGAGGAGGCCGUCGAGUCUGCUGAGCACGAGAUCGAGGCCCGUGAACCCCACCACCGCGGCAAGAAGACUAAGAAGGCGAAGGCCGCCAAGCGCGAUGAGUCCGCCUCCGACGAAGCCAUCGAGUCUGCCGAGCACGAGAUUGAGGCUCGCGAACCCCACCACCGUGGCAAGAAGACCAAGAAGGCGAAGGCUGCUAAGCGUGACGAGUCCGCCUCCGACGACGCCGCUGAGCACUCCGUCGAGACCCGCGAGCCCCACCACCGCGGCAAGAAGACCAAGAAGGCGAAGGCUGCCAAGCGCGACGAGUUCGCUUCUGAGGACGCUGCCGAGCACGCCGUUGAGGCUCGUGAGCCCCAUCACCGCGGCAAGAAGACCAAGAAGGCCAAGGCCGCUAAGCGCGACGAGUACGCCGCCGUUGAGGCUCGCGCUUUCACCGCUUAA